AAUCGGUCGCUGUCUCUUAGCCGCCGCGCCGCAAGACUGUAUUGACUAUUGAAGCACCGCAAUCGUAUUCGUCGGUUACAGGUCGUUUUCGAGACGUAUACAACCGUCGCCGUUUUAUCGUCUUCGGCGACAAGUGCCGGUAACUACAGCAACGACAACGACGACAACAGCAAAGUCGUGUGCGAUGGAUUCAUCGUGUUGGUGCUGGCUGUGGUGGUUGGCCAACGCAACCGUGUAUUGCGUGGGCACGGCCGUGGUCGUCCGCCGUUUACUGGUGCCGUGGACGUGCUGGCWGGGCCGACGGGCCCUGUGCUGGUGCCGGUACGCCCUGUUCUCUGGCCACGGCGACGUCGGGCCCAAGCAAAGACGUGCCCCACCCACUUGUCGGUGCUGCGGUGGCGUCAACUUUGACGGGAUGGCCGGAAGCUGGGCGGUGGUGACUGGUUGCACCGAUGGAAUUGGAAAAGAGUUCGCGAUGCAGUUGGCCGACCGGGGAAUGAAUGUGGCGCUGGUCAGUCGAAACUUACACAAGUUGCUAGCUGUAGCACAGAAGAUCGACGAACGGCACGUAGGUCGCGUGAAGACAAAGGUCAUCGUAGCAGACUUCACGUCGUCCAGUGGUACCGUCUCGCUGUCGACAACUUAYGACGAGGUACGUCGCGGACUCGCCAGUUUGGACGUGCGGUUGCUGGUGAAUAACGCGGGCGUGAGUUACACACGGCCCGAACGGCUGCUUGACCUGGCGCCCUGCUGUACUGACGCGCCUGCAGAUCCGUGCCGUGACGUGGUUGAGUGCAAUGCUCUGGCGACCAUAGCCAUGUGCCGCAUAGUCAUGCCACUGAUGAUCAUCGACGAUAUGGUCAGCGAUGACGGCCACAAUGGCGACGAUSCGGAAAAAGACUACCGAGAGAAACUGCUGGAUGACACGGAGUACACGUCUCCUAAACGCGGAGGCGGUGGCGUCGUCAUAAACGUAUCGUCAGUCUCGGCUAAGCUCCCGUGUCCGCUGCUCAGCGUCUACGGCGCCACCAAGCUGAUURUGGUGAACGUAGUCUGUUGGCUGUUUGGCGAACAAUAUGUGUCUAACGCCGCUAGCCGGAUGAUGUGUGGUAUGCGGAACCGGAUGGUGAUCCGGGACUCGGCCAAAAUGCAAAAACAAACUUCUAGCGCCGAGUUCGAGAACCAAAACCACGAGUUUGGGAGUCACAACUAGGAGCUUUCAACCACUAGACAGCUAACUGUAUCGAAUGGUAGGUACGGUGGAUCGAAUUUAUAUAAUGCACCGUCCGCGUACUUACAUCUACGCGAUAUCAAACGUAGUAUAAUAGUACGUUUUAAAACUUUAAAAGAGUAUUUUAAAGAUCAAAAUUUAUGAUAACAUUACAUUUCCGUGGAACACGUAACCUAGACCAAUCCACUCGAUAAAUAUCGAUAGAUAAAUAAUAGUGUAUAAUAUUGAUGUGUAUCGUUGAAGUAUUUAUUUAUACAAUAGUUAUUAUACUCAUUAAAUUGUUUUCGUAUGACACAUGAUGGUUGUAUUUAUAUAAAUGCGCUAUUGUAGAUAAAUAAACGUA